AUGGAGGAAAAGGCAGCCUACUCCACAUCCCGCGGGAUGAUUGGAAGCAGGGACGAUACUGACAGUACAACGACGGUCCUCAACGAUGACCCCGCCAUCGCUUCCCGCGACCCCAAGGUCAGCCGCGCUGACAAUUGGUCAUUGAUGCCCCAAGUGAAGCUACAGCACGAACGUGAUCUGCAAUCCGGGCUCAAGCCUCGUCAACUCGGUGUCACCUGGAAAGACCUGACCGUUGAAGUCGUCAACGCCGAAGCCGCCGUCAACGAAAAUUUCCUGUCGCAGUUCAACAUCCCCCAGCAUAUCAAGGAAUCCCGCAACAAGCCUCCUUUGCAACAAAUCCUUCAAAAGAGUCAUGGAUGCGUCAAGCCAGGCGAGAUGCUUCUCGUUCUCGGACGCCCUGGUUCCGGCUGCACUACCCUCCUCAAGAUGCUCGCCAAUCGUCGCCUCGGUUAUAACUCGAUUGAAGGGGAAGUCCGCUACGGCUCACUGACGGCCAAGGAGGCCGGUAACUACCGCGGUCAGAUCGUGAUCAACACUGAGGAAGAAAUCUUCUUCCCGACCCUGACCGUGGGUCAAACGAUGGAUUUCGCGACUCGCCUCAAGGUUCCUUUCACUCUUCCGAAGGGUGUGGAAUCAGCCGAGGUCUAUCGCCAGGAAGCUAAAGAAUUCUUGCUGAAAUCCAUGGGCAUCACUCACACCAACGACACCAAGGUCGGCAAUGAAUAUGUCCGAGGUGUCUCGGGUGGUGAGCGCAAGCGUGUCUCGAUCAUCGAAUGCCUCGCAACUCGCGGUUCAGUUUUCUGUUGGGAUAAUAGUACCCGUGGUUUGGAUGCUAGUACUGCCCUGGAGUGGACCAAGGCCAUCCGCGCCAUGACGGACGUGCUUGGCCUGUCUACCAUCGUCACCCUCUAUCAGGCUGGAAACGGGAUUUAUGAUCUUUUCGACAAAGUACUUGUUCUCGACGAGGGCAAAGAGAUUUACUAUGGCCCCAUGGAACAAGCACGCCCAUUCAUGGAAAACCUCGGCUUUGUUUGCCGUGAGGGUUCGAACGUGGCUGAUUAUCUCACUGGUAUCACCGUUCCCACCGAACGCAAGAUUAGACCGGGGUAUGAGAACCGCUUCCCUCGCAAUGCGGAGAUGGUCCUUGCCGAAUACGAAAAGUCACCCAUCUACACUCUGAUGACUGCUGAGAACAACUACCCUGACACUGAGAUUGCUCGCGAGCGUACCGAGGACUUCAAGACUUCCGUGGCUCAGGAGAAGAGCAAGAAGCUUCCAAAGUCAAGCCCUUUGACCGUGGACUUUAUUACUCAGGUCAGGACAUGUGUGACGCGGCAGUACCAAAUCCUGUGGGGUGACAAGGCCACCUUCAUCAUCAAGCAGGUCUCUACCCUGGCUCAAGCCCUCAUUGCCGGAUCCUUGUUCUACAAUGCUCCCAAUAAUUCUGGUGGUCUCUUCGUCAAGUCGGGUGCUCUCUUCUUCUCGCUCCUCUACAACAGUCUCCUUGCCAUGGCAGAAGUCACUGAAUCUUUCAACGGUCGGCCUGUGUUGGUGAAGCAUAAAGGCUUUGCAUACUUCCACCCAGCGGCCUUCUGCAUUGCUCAAAUCGCCGCCGAUAUCCCUGUCCUCCUGUUCCAGAUCUCGGUUUUCUCCCUCGUUGUUUACUUCAUGGUCGGUCUCACCAUGUCGGCCGGUGCUUUCUUUACUUACUGGAUCCUGGUUUUCGCCGCUACAAUGGCGAUGACCGCGUUGUUCCGCGCUUGCGGUGCCGUCUUUAGUACAUUCGAUGGAGCUUCCAAAGUCUCCGGCUUCCUGAUCUCCGCCUUGAUCAUGUAUACUGGUUACAUGAUCAAGAAGCCUCAGAUGCACCCUUGGUUUGGCUGGAUCUAUUGGAUCAACCCCCUAGCCUACGGAUUCGAUGCACUCCUUUCGAACGAAUUUCACGGCAAAAUUAUUCCAUGCGUUAGCACCAAUCUGGUCCCCAGCGGUGCUGGCUACGACGGCACUGGUCACCAGUCUUGCGCCGGUGUUGGUGGUGCCGUGCCUGGCGAGACUUAUGUGACAGGCGAUGCAUAUCUCGCUUCCUUGUCGUACAGUCACAGCCACGUGUGGCGAAACUUCGGCAUCCUUUGGGCUUGGUGGGCUCUUUUCGCCGCGGCCACCAUUAUCGCAACCACCAAGUGGAAGGCUCCUGGUGAAAGUGGCGCCUCUCUCCUGAUUCCGCGCGAGAGGCUCCAUGAUCAUCACCAACAUGCACACCGCGAUGAGGAAGCACAGGCCCUUGAAAAGGGCAAAACACCCAGCGAUGAAAACUCCCAAAGUGAGGAAGACAUUCACAAGGACUUGGUGCGAAACACUUCGGUAUUCACCUGGAAGGAUUUGAAGUACACAGUCAAGACGCCAUCCGGUGAUCGGGUUUUGCUCGACAAUGUCUAUGGCUGGGUGAAGCCGGGUAUGCUUGGCGCUCUCAUGGGUUCAUCUGGUGCUGGUAAGACCACGCUUCUGGAUGUGCUGGCACAGCGCAAGACCGAGGGUACUAUUCAUGGUUCUAUUAUGGUUGAUGGGCGCCCCCUGUCUGUUUCUUUCCAACGCUCGGCGGGUUACUGUGAACAACUCGAUGUUCACGAACCUUUCGCUACUGUCCGCGAGGCCUUGGAAUUUUCCGCUUUGCUUCGCCAACCCCGUGAAGUCCCAGCGGAGGAGAAGCUGAAAUAUGUUGACACUAUCAUCAACCUUUUGGAACUACACGACAUUGCUGAUACCUUGAUCGGUCGCGUUGGUGCUGGUUUGAGUGUGGAGCAGCGCAAGCGUGUGACUAUCGGCGUUGAACUUGUCUCGAAGCCCAGUAUUCUCAUUUUCCUCGACGAACCAACUUCAGGGCUUGAUGGUCAAUCAGCUUACAACACGGUCCGUUUUCUUCGAAAGCUUGCCGAUGUCGGCCAGGCUGUCUUGGUGACUAUCCACCAGCCUUCUGCCCAGUUGUUUGCCGAAUUUGAUACCCUUUUGCUCUUGGCCAAGGGUGGAAAGAUGGUCUACUUCGGUGAUAUUGGUGACAAUGGUCAAACUGUGAAGGACUACUUCGCUCGCUAUGGAGCCCCUUGCCCGCCUGAAACUAACCCCGCCGAACACAUGAUUGAUGUCGUUUCUGGAACCCUGUCCCAAGGUCAUGAUUGGAGCCAAAUCUGGCGCGAGUCUCCUGAACACACCAAAGCGGUCUCUGAGCUUGAUGCCAUUGUCAGUGACGCCGCCUCGAAACCCCCGGGUACCGUCGAUGAUGGUCACGAGUUUGCUAUGCCUCUGUGGAAACAAAUCCUCAUUGUCACCAAGAGAUCUUGUGUCGCAGUCUAUCGGAAUACAGACUAUGUUAACAACAAGCUUGCUCUUCACGUCGGUUCUGCUUUGUUCAACGGGUUUUCCUUCUGGAUGAUCAACGAUCACGUUGGAGCAUUACAGCUCCGCCUCUUUACCAUCUUCAACUUCAUUUUCGUGGCGCCUGGUGUGAUCAACCAACUUCAGCCUCUGUUCCUUGAACGCCGCGAUAUCUACGACGCACGCGAGAAGAAAUCGAAGAUGUAUUCAUGGGUUGCCUUUGUCACUGGCUUGAUCAUUUCGGAGAUUCCGUAUCUGUGCAUUUGUGCAGUACUCUACUUCGUUUGCUGGUACUAUACUGUUGGCUUCCCCUCCGACUCGAACAAAUCGGGAGCGGUUUUCUUCGUGAUGUUGAUGUACGAGUUUGUGUACACCGGUAUCGGCCAGUUCAUCUCCGCUUACGCCCCGAACGCGAUCUUCGCAUCAUUGAUCAACCCUCUGAUCAUUGGUACUCUCGCAUCUUUCUGUGGUGUGUUGGUGCCGUAUUCGCAGAUCCAGGCUUUCUGGCGUUACUGGAUCUAUUGGAUGAAUCCUUUCAACUAUCUGAUUGGCAGUCUCUUGGUGUUCACGACCUGGGAUGCUCCGGUCAAAUGCAAGGAAUCCGAAUUCGCGCUCUUUGACCCUCCUAACGGCACCACUUGCAAGGAAUAUCUCGCAGAUUACAUGAAAGGAAUGGGCGCUCGCAUGAAUUUGGUUGAUCCGGAUGCCACCUCCGGCUGCCGGGUUUGCGAGUACACUCAGGGCAGCGACUACCUGGUGACCAUUAACCUGAAGCACUACUAUUACGGAUGGCGCGAUGCCGCUAUCGUGGCCUUGUUUGCCAUUAGCUCGUACGCUCUGGUGUACGCGCUGAUGAAGCUGCGUACGAAGGCCUCCAAGAAGGCCGAGUAA